AUGGCUUUCAUUAGAUCUGUUUCGAAUAUUCUAAGACCCACUUUUUCUUGUAAGCCGAUGAGAACCUGCUCUACAGAAUCAUGGAAGAAACUGAAUUUUACAGAUAAAGUAGCUGUAAUAACUGGAGGUGCAUCAGGGAUAGGCUAUAACAUCGCCAAAGAAUUCCUUACUCAUGGUAUGCUAGCUGUCACCCUUGUUGAUAAUAAUAAAGAGAAACUGGAAAAAAGUGCGGAAACUCUGAUAGAUGAAUUUGGAGAUUCUAAAGUUGUUCAAUAUGAAGCAGAUGUUUCAGAUGUCGAUCAAAUGGAUAAAGCCUUUAGAAACACUUCUAUGUAUUUUCAGGUUAUUGAUGUGAUAGUAAACAACGCCGGAGUAUUAGAUGACACCAAUUGGGAAAAACAGUUGAACAUCAAUAUGAGAGGUUGUAUAAUAGGAACGUUAUUAGGCAUGCAGUACAUGGCGAAAUCUAGCGCCGGGGAAGGAGGAAUAAUCGUGAAUGUUGCAUCGAUUAUGGGUAUUUUACCUUCGAAUGGUUUUCCCAUACACACCAUGACCCAAUUCGGAAUAGUUGGUUUCACCAGAGCUUUGGGUUCGAGUAAACUCUACGAAAGGACGGGCGUUAAGGUUUUCGGAUAUUGCCCCGGAUUAACGGAUACGGAAUUAUUCAAAGAUGACUUGACGGAUAAAACUAUCAAUCAAAAUUUUUUCAAUGAAUUUCAUAACGAAUCCAAACAUAACGUCAAGCAAAAUCCUGAAAUUGUAGGAAAAAAUCUUGCACGCAUCCUAGAUCUUGCGAAGCCCGGUUCGAUAUGGGUUACUGAAAAUAACAAAACUGCUUACGAAAUGGAUUAUUCAAAAGCAAUUAAAAAAAAGGAGUAUCAACCAGAGGAAGGUAACUGUGGUAUUUAUAUUAUUAAUUCUUCCUUAAUUUCACUUAUUAUAUUUGAAAAAAUUUCGGAACCUGAGAAUUGAUCAAAGCUUAUGGUUGGGAAUACAUGUACAACAAAGAUUUCCAAAAAAGAUUCAUUAAAUGACAAUAUUGUUAGUUUAUUUCAGAUUUGCGAUUGUGAUAAUUGUUAAUUUGGUUUCAAAUUGUGAUACUCAGGUAGAUUUCAUGUAUGCUGGUGACCUAGCAUAGCUGUAUAAUGAGAAAUUUAAGAUAAUUUACUUAAUCUUAAAGCCUUUUUACCUUUUCAGGUGUAAGGCAUGUUGAAGUUGAGUUAUUACGUGGGUUCCUUUUCCCACAGUAUUUUCCAUUCCAUUUCUAGUUUCCUAUCCUGUGUCUUCUGUUUUAUUUCCUACCAUCUUACUCUUCGAUUUUCCGUUGCCAUAUUAAUGUCUUCUGUCCAGUUCCUCCUUGGUCUUCCUCUUUGUGUAAGUUAGAGCUUCGAUUCGAUUUUAUUUUGAUAUGAUUUUACAUUCAAAUUUUCUUUUAUAAUAUUUCUCCUUUUUUGUCGUAUCUUGAUUUAUUCCCCAUUUUUCUUAGAAAUCUCAUUUCUGUACUUUAUAUUUUGCUUCUUUAUUCAUGUGUGAGAGUUUGUAAUGUGUCCGUUACAUAUGUCCAGAAGGUCGUGGCUAAUUUUGUAUAUCUUUUUGUUUUUACUUGUUCUGGCAUUUCUUUUUCCGCUUGAAAUUUGGUCUUAAUUUCGUUGAUUAAUCUUCCAGCUGUUCCACUUCUCUAGUUUAUCUUAUAUUCCAGUCUUUCAUCUUGUGUUAUUGCCAACCCAAGAUAUUUACAGCUUUUGAUUUGCUCAAGGUUAUUGCAACGUUUGAGUAAAGAAAUCUAACAAAAACGGCCGCAUUUGGCUAAGAAGAAAAGGUUGUUUCAUCAAGACAAUGCACGCCAUCAUACGUCUGUUAUUGCAAUGGCCAAAAUCAAUGAAUUAAAGUUUGGAUUGCUAUCUCAAGCCUUGUUCACCAGAUUUGACUCCCUCGAAUUAUUUUCUAUUCUUAGACUUGGAAAAAUGUCUUGGUGGUCAAAGAUUGUUCUACAAUAAAGCGAUGAUGUCGAUAGUUGGUGGUUAUUUUAAGGAGUUUAUUCAACAUCGCUUGAAAAAGUGUAUGGAUCUAAAAGGAGAUUACGUUGAAAAAUAAAUAUAUGUUUUGUGUUUUCUUUGUUGGGCCAGGUACUUCUAGGACCAUCCUCGUAUUGUAUUGUUUUUGAACUUUUAACAUCUUUUGUUGUUUGAGUUUCUGUUAAUUCUACUUGCUAUUUUCAUUCUAAAAGAUCAUCAAAAUAUUGUCUCCAUGUUGAUGAUAUAAUCUUCGUUUGUUAUUAUAUCUUCUUUUGUAUUUUUUAUAUUAAUGAGUGAUUUCUUAUUAUGAUUACUUGAGUUUGUGGUCUCCAAAUAAUAGUUUUCUUUAACUUCUGCCCUUCUUUUUACGUAUUUUCCACAGUCUUAUUGUACUUUAGUUGUUAGGUAUUUCCUCUUCAUUUUUUUUCUUUCUAAUUGCAUCUUUCAUAAUAAACUUGAGGUAAAAAUAGAGGGAAGAAUAUUAAUUAUGUCGUCAUAUAUCUCUAGAAUGAAAACAUGUAGAAACUGAGAUGUUUGCCUUCCAUUUCAGUAUGAACUUACCUAAUGUAGAUAACAGGCAAAAAAUUCGUAGAGUUUACAAACUCAUAAUAUUGAACAGUACUUGGCUUGUUUGGUUUCCAUCGUGCGAUAAAUAGAUCAAUAGUGGAAUCUAGCUUAUAUUGUUAAGGUUUUUCAAUACUUCCUGCAUAUUUCUCUACCAAUCUCUUCCACUAGUUCAAUACUGCAAACAGUCCUUUGUCAGUAUAUCAAAUGACAGUUUCUCAUGAAUAAAUCACUGAAUAAAACUAUAAUAAACGUAUAUUAUAUUCAAAAACAUCUGGAACGAUAAAUUAUUAAAAUGGAAGACAAUCAAAUUACAAACUUUGUUUUUAUUUUAGAAGAAUCUGAGAUUGACAAGCAAACGAACUAACCAAGUAAUUUUUGUUUUUGUUUCAAAUGUCUAUUCGUUUCUGUAAUAUAUUGUUCGAUAAAAAUAUUGUAUGAAGAACUAAUUACGGAAUAUAUUUAAACAGUAUGAGAAA